UUGCUGAUCAUAAUGAGAGUUUCGCAAAGCAGUUCAAUAACUAGAAGGGUUUAUUGGAACAUUUCAUAAUUUUAACCAUUACUUUACCUUUAAUAGCGAGUUGUCAUAACAAAUCAAAGUCUUUGAGUCAUAUUUACAAUUAUUAGUUGGUGUUUGACUUCGUUUAUUUCUAAAAACGGACUUCACUAGAAGGCAAUAUGGAAUUCUUCCGAAGUUGUGCGAGCUUAGACUUUCGAAUAAACUCAUCUAACGAAGACUGGAUUUACGAAGAAGAGCCACACUCUGCUCGUAGGAAAGAGAUUUUAAGAAAAUACCCAGAAAUUAAGAAACUAAUGGGAUAUGAUCCAUCAAUUGCUUAUAUUGUAACUGCAGAAAUCAUUGCUCAACUGUGUAUGUGUUGGUUAUUACAAGAGGCUAAUUGGGGUUCAAUUCUUAUUCUAGCCUACUGCUUUGGCGGAGUUUUGAAUCAUUCACUCGGUAGCGCAAUACACGAAAUAGGACAUAACUUAGCCUUUGGUCAUGCCAGACCCUGGGCUAAUAGAUUGCUUAGUAUUUGGUGUAAUAUUCCCAUAAUUGUACCAAUGGCUAUAAGUUAUAAGAAAUAUCACGCAGAUCACCAUAGAUACCUCGGCGAGGAGAACCAAGAUGUUGACAUACCUACGCGCUUAGAAGGAUAUCUUUUUCGCAAUCCCAUAACAAAAAUGGUAUGGCUACUUAUUCAUCCUGCAAUUCACGGAAUUCGUCCAUUUUAUAAAAGUCCAAAACCUUUGACUGCAUGGGAAAUGAUUAAUAGCGCAAUACAAAUUAUCUGCAACUUAAUAAUCUUGAAAUAUUUAGGCGUUAAAUCAAUUGUUUACCUCGUGAGUGGUACCUUUUUUGGACUGGGCCUUCAUCCGCUUGCCGGGCAUUUUAUUUCCGAACACUAUCUGUUCAAUAAAGGACAAGCAACACAUUCAUAUUAUGGGCCUUUGAAUUUUAUUCUGUUUAAUGUUGGAUACCAUAUCGAACACCACGACUUUCCAUAUAUUCCAUACCAUAAAUUACCGGAAGUGAAAAGAAUUGCCGCUGAAUAUUACGACCAACCUUAUCAUACAUCAUGGUUAAAAGUCUUGUGGGAUUUUAUUUUUGACAAAGACAUGGGACCUCAUUCUCGAGGUGUUGGAUAUUUGAAAGAUGAAAAACACAUGCUGUUAUUGAGCAAGAAUGGCCACCUUUUGGAGAAGGAAUCGUAGAAUUUGAACAUUUUGCACCGAUAUUUUACCCGAUUUUUUUUUCAAUCAAAUAAAGAAUAGAUGAAACUGACACACUUAUCGCCAUUAAAUUCAUAUUGUGAUUUACAUAUCUAAGGGAAAAAGAAAACGUAAUAAAAUAUUUAUAGAUAACUUUGACUUGGAGCACUGUUGAGGAACAACAUUAAAUCAAUGUAUUGAAAUAUAUGUUGAAUGAACAAUGCCAUUCUAUACAUGUAUGUAUAAUUUGAAAAAUUGCAGAUGACUGAAUAUUUUGUUCAUAAAAAAAAAACAUCAUUCCGUUUGAAACCAAAACAAAACGAUUAUUACAAUAAAAAUUUUUUUUAAAUGAGAGUAAAUUUUAAAAUCUUUUAAAAGCUUUAUAUCGCAUGUAGCCUCGACGGUGUGCACAAAGUUGACGGCAACUGUAAAAUGCGCUUUUAAAAGAUGUUUGAUUUAUUCAACCUUGUUUAAAACAUCUUUUAAACAGGAAAGGUUUUUGAAUGAUGAAAUAAUAAAUGCUAGCCGUUAAAAUCCACAUUAUUAGUAAGGUUAUCAAAAUUCUAUAUAUACGAACUUGAAGAAAACGGAAAAAAUAUGUGUCACUUGUAACAUUAAAUAAGCAUAAAAUAGAUUUUUUUUACUGAAAUUUAUACAAAUUCAACAUAUUUACCCGCAUUUUCGUAUAAUAGAAUUUGUGGAUUCGGACAAUGACGUUAUACGAGAUUUUUCACUAAAAAAUUUAAAAAAACGGCCAUGGUGAAUGAGAUUGUAUGUGUAAGAAGUAGAAUUAAGAAGGAUUAAUAGUCGAAAAUGGAAGAAUCGGCAAGACAAAAAAUGUAAUGCUAUUUUUUAAUUACAAAAUAACUUGAUAUUCCAAAUGUGCAUAUCAAGAGGUUUGAAAAAAAAUCUGCAAAAUAUGAAUGAUUCGAUAGUCCAGACUGAACACAUGAACUUUUUUAAUGUCCAACUAUCAUUUUACAAUAAAAAGAAAUGACGUUUAAACGCUAUUUUCUGAAUGGUGUCCCCGACAAAGUAGCUAAUCAUUUCCAUUACACUGCUCAUAACUUAUAUAUGUAUUUAUAUUUCCAGAAUGUGGAAGAAAAGGGGGCCUGGGCCCACUGAAAAACCCUCCAAAUCCGCCUCUGUUAUGAACCAUUAUAGCAUUAUCACCACACAAAAUUUAUUCGACACAAUAUCAAAUGUUUGCCCCUAAUGUAGUUAAAAAUAAUUUCAUACCAUUGUAAUAUUUUUUCAAUAUGAAAUAUAUCAAGAAUGCGAAUAUGUCCAUCCCAUUGCCAGCAGCCAACUCAAUUGCCUAUUCUUUGUCUUCAGGGUGUUUUAAAACAAUAUUUUUUGCGGGUAACAUUUAUUUUAUUAUCAUAUAUGAAUAAUAAUUUAGUCUCAUUUAUUAGGAAAAACAUUAUAAAUGUAAGACCGUUACAGAUUAGUAUAGCUGUACUGCUUUGUGUAUAUGACUGUAUUAAACAUGUAUUUGCAUGUGUCUCUGGGUGUUAUAUUUAGUAAAUACAUCGGUGUGUAUCGUACAUCUAUCAAUAUUUAU